AUGGCAGCUAUACCUGUCAAUCAAUAUGGAUCAGGACCAGGAGGAGCAGGCAACAGUCCGAUCAGCCCUCAUCCGCAAUCCCAGUACGGCGCGCAGGUGAAUCAGUAUCCCACGAGUUCAAGCUUGUACGGUGAUAAUUCGCCUAUAGAUGGUGGGUAUCCUCAAGGUAUGGGUUAUCCCGGAGGAGGAGAUAGGGAGUUUGAUAGACAGAGUAGGAUCGUCAGUCAGCCUGCAGCGUUGUUAGAUCAAUCCCACUUGAGACCAGGUAAUCAAGCCGAAUUAUUAUCUCAAGAUCGUACCCUCCAGCUAUAUCGUGAAAACGCCAAAAAGACCAACGACCCAGAAUUGAUAUUUGAAUUUUCGGUAUUCAUGAUUGACGCAGCCAAAUCGAUGGUCCCUCCUGAACUAGAAGCCGAUCCAUCUCCACCACCAACUACUACCAAACUCAUUGAGAAAAGAGAAGAAUUGAUCAAAGAGGCUACAGCCUUGUUGAAGAGAUUAGCAGAUAGGGGAUAUCCAGAUGCUCAGUAUUUCCUCGCGGACUGUUAUGCCAAUGGUAUAGGGACUGUUAGAGGUAGACAGGAUUUCGAUAGAGCCUUUCCUCUAUUUAUAUUAGCUGCCAAACAUGGUCAUCCGGAUGCGUGCUACAGGGCGGGAACUUGCUGUGAACAUGGUUGGGGAUGUAGGAGGGAGAGUGCAAAGGCUGUGCAGUAUUACAAAAAAGCAGCUGUUGCGUUACACCCCGGAGCGAUGUACAGACUCGGGACCGCCGAGCUCAACGGUGCAUUAGGUCUAUCGAGAAGACCUAAAGAAGGUGUCAAAUGGUUAAAAAGAUCCGCCGAACACGCUACAGAAGAAUUCCCUCAUGCCCUACAUGAAUUGGCAUUAUUACAUGAAAGAGGAAUCGACAAUGUUUUAUUUGUUGAUUUCGAAUAUGCGGCCGAGUUGUUGGCUCAGGCUGCCGAAUUGGGAUAUGCACCUUCGGCGUUCAAGUUGGGUGAAUGUUAUGAGUACGGGAAGAUGGGUUGCCCUGUCGAUGCUGCGUUGAGUAUACAUUAUUACAAUAUCGCCGCUCAGCAGAAUCACCGAGACGCAUGUUUCGCCCUCACCGCAUGGUACCUCGUUGGAUCACCUGGAGUACUACCGCAAUCGGAUACAGAAGCUUAUCUGUGGGCUAAGAAAGCCGCUGAGAUGGGAUUAGCGAAAGCCCAGUAUGCUGUGGGAUACUUCACGGAGACUGGUAUUGGUACCGAAGCGAAUCCUCAAGGCGCUAUGAAAUGGUACAAACUCGCUGCUGACGGAGGAGACAAGCGAGCUACGAAAAGACUUGCCUCGGGAUCAAGAGGAGCUGGUGGAGGUGGUGCAGCGCUGGAUAGGAGAUUGGAAAUGGAAGCUAUGAAAGAGGAACAUCAGGCUAAAGGCGGUAAAGAAGGAUGUAUAGUGAUGUGA